UCUCUCUCUCUCUCACACUCCCCUAAAACCCGUUUCAAUGUUUCUUUCAAUUUCUCAUUCAUUGUCUCUUUCUCGCUCUAAAACCUCGAAUUUAGAAACAAACAACACUUUGUUUCUGCACGGAGAAAAAAAACAACAACAACAACAACCCACUCAUUCACCGCUUCAACUUCUAGGUUUUGGUUCAAUUCCCACAUUUUUCUGCUUCUCAGAGACCGAGUUUGAAGGCAAGCAUUGUUUUGGGGUUAGAAUUGAAUGGGUGUUUUAUGCACUUGUUUUUAGCUUUGUUUUGGUUUGAUCCUGAUAUAGUGUGUUUGCUGAGUUAGGGUUUUGUGAGACAUGAGGGAGGGGCUGAGAUCUCGGUCGAGACCAGGGAAGGGUUCUGGUGGUGGAGGGGUUGUUCAGAAGAAAAGGGUUGGUGUUAAGGCUGAACCUUUUGACUUGGGUGGUGAAGGUUUAGGGGAUUCGAGCUUAAUGGUUGAGAAGAAGGGUGGGGUUGAAGAGCUUGACUUGGAUUUGAAACUGGGGGGUGGGAGUGGUAAUGUUGAACCAGCUGAGAAUGGGGACGAUAGGGUUUUUUUAAGUGGCGGGGGUAGCAUUGAAGAAGCUGAUGUUGAUAGGAAGGGGGAUGAGGUGUUGGUUGAGGGCGGAGUUGAAUGUGGCGGGAAAGAAGAGCGUGACUUGGAUUUGAAUGUGAGUGGCGGGAGUGGUGAUGUUGACUCAGCUGAGAAUGGGAACGAUAGGAGUUGUUUCAGUAGUGGGGGCAGCAUUGAAGAAGCUGACGUUGGUAGGAAGGGGAAUGGAGUGUUGGUUGGGGGUCGAGUGCUGCGCUCGAGGUCCAAGAGGGGAGAUGAUAAAAUAUCAUAUAAGGAAGAUAAUGAUGAUGUCUUUUCUGGGAGUGACAGAGAAUGUGGUGGGUUUGAAAGGGUAAAAGUUAAGGAGGAGUCUGAAGGAACUGAUGAAUUAUUGGGUGGUGGUGAGGAUCAAAGGGUUAUGGUAACAAAGGGAGGGCAUGACAAGGUGAAAUUGAAACGGAAGCGGGGGAGGCCUCCGAAAACUGAGUCGAAAGAGCAAAAGCAAGAGCAGUUAGUUGAUCGGUUGACACGUAAGCGUGGGCAUAAGCGUAAGCGUGGAAGACCCCCCAAGGUUGACCAUCAAAACGAUCUCUUGACAGUGGUGCAUAAUGAUAAAGAAAAGGCAGGCCUUGUAGAACAUGAAGAAGAUUUAACUAUAGGAGAUGGUGCAAAUGUGAAUGCCAUAGAUGAUAUGUGCUCAGAGAGAUCUUCUGGUAAAGAGUUAGAAGAACAGGGAUUUUCUCCUGUCAACAAGAAUAAAGUGGUAAAGGUUUUGAAAAAUGAUAAAAAUGGGGUGACCUCACCGUUAAGAUCAGAUAAUGUGAAGGGAACUGAUGCUAAUAAAAGGCAAAAGAGUAAAGAAAAGCAGUUAGUCAGGGAUAAAAUAAUGGAGCGGUUGUCAUCUGCUGGCUGGACUGUGGACUUUAGACCUAGAAAUGGCAGAGGUUAUGAUGAUUCGGUUUAUGUCAGUCCAGAUGGGAAGACACAUUGGUCAAUCACCUUGGCCUACAAUAGGCUCAAAAUGCUUUAUGAAGCUGGUGAUGGUGAAGGGAAAGUCUACGGGCCAGGUUUCAAAUUUACACCAAUACCAGAGGAGGAAAUCAAUUCACUAACCAGAAUAGUUACCAAGACAAGAAAUGAUAAGUCCAAGCCAAGAAAAGAUAAAUCUGGGCCACUUGGGCGAAAGGGUGGAAAGACAGUUGAUGGAGUCAAUAGAAAACAGAAAAAGGAAAAACCAGGUUCUGGUGCAGUGAAGGGGAAAAUGAAAAGAAAACGGUCACUUCUUGAGGAGGGGAAAACAAGUGUUGUGGUCAGGGAUCAUAAGCGACACAAGACACAAAACAAGAAGCGAUGUGGUCUGUUGGUUCGCAAUGCUAAGGAAGAGGUAGAUUCAGAAACUGAUGGAUAUGUUCCAUACAGUGGUAAAAGAACUUUGCUUGCCUGGAUGAUUGAUUCGGGCACAGUCCUCCAGAAUGGGAAGGUCCAUUAUGUUCAACCUGGACGGAAAUUUGAUGGUAAGAUCACAGGAGAUGGCAUUCAUUGUGGCUGCUGCAAUAAGAUUCUAACAAUUUCAGACUUUGAAGCUCAUGCAGAAAGCAAAAACUUUGAUCCUCUUAAAAAUAUAUAUAUAGAGGAAGGAAUUUCUCUCUUGCAGUGCCUGCAAGAUUCAUGGAAUAAACAAGAUGAAUCUGAACGUAAAGGUUUUCGUUUAGUUGAUAUUGCCGGUGAAGAUCCAAAUGAUGAUACAUGCGGUCUCUGUGGAGAUGGUGGAGACCUGAUCUGUUGUGAUGGUUGCCCAUCAACUUUUCAUCAAAGCUGCUUGGAUAUAAAAAAGUUCCCAUCUGGUGACUGGCACUGCAAUUAUUGCUGUUGCAAAUUUUGUGGGUUGAUUGGUGGAAGCUCAAAUCAAAGCGAGACCCAUGAUGAUUUUACUGUGUCUGCGUUACUCACAUGCCAUUUAUGCGAGGACAAAUAUCACAGAUCCUGUUUUGAGGCAAAUGGUGCUAUGACUCUUGAUUUGAGGGACACUUUUUGUGGAAGCAGAUGUCAAGAAUUAUCUGAGAGACUCGAAAUGCUUCUUGGGGUUAAACAUGAAAUUGAAGAUGGAUUUUCUUGGUCUUUUAUUCGGCGGUCGGAUGUGUGCUUUGAUGCUAGUCAGAUUAAACCUCAGAUUGUUGAAUGUAAUUCCAAGCUGGCUGUUGCAGUAUCAAUAAUGGAUGAGUGCUUCAUGCCAUAUGUCGAUCAUAGAAGUGGGAGUAAUCUGAUUCAUAGUAUUCUAUAUAAUUGUGGGUCAAACUUCAAACGUCUGAACUAUAGUGGGUUUGUUACUGCAAUUCUCGAGAGAGGUGAUGAGAUCAUCGCUGCUGCUUCCAUAAGGAUCCAUGGAAACCAACUUGCAGAGAUGCCAUUUAUUGGGACCCGCUAUAUGUAUAGGCGACAAGGAAUGUGCCGCCGGCUUCUUAAUGCCAUUGAAUCGGCACUCAGUUCUUUAAAUGUUGAGUUAUUGGUAAUACCUGCUAUCUCAGAGUUAAGAGAAACUUGGACCUCUGUUUUUGGGUUUGAGCCACUUGAAUCUACGAGCAAGCAAAUAACAAAGAACAUGAGUCUGUUGGUAUUCCCUCACGUAGAUAUGUUACAGAAGAAGAUAUCUAAGCACAAAUUUGAUGAUGAAAAUCUAAUUACUACAGAAGUUUCCAAUUUUAAGAAGAAUCAUACUACAUCUAUGGCAGCAAAUAGGGAUGGAGUGGGCUCAUCCGGUUCUGAUUUGAUCAAUUCUACUGGGAUCCCUCUCUCUGUCACUUGUCAAGUUGUAUGCCCGGCAGUUCAGGGAAAUUGGGCUGGGGAUGACAAAAGUACUGCAAAUGCCUGUGAAUAUGUGACUGAUUCUUGUUGCCAAUCUGAAGAUACAAGUAGAUGUAAGAAUACUAGUUGCACUUGCAUGUUACUGAGCCAUGACGAGAAGCCAAUAGAUUUGAACAGUGUUCCUGACAAGGAAAGGCAUUGUCUCAGUUUGUGUCAUGUCACUGAAGCUCCUGAAGGACAUCAAGUUGGUGCUUUGUUGGAGGUUACUGAAAACUUUCCAUGUGAGGUCAAAGUAUCGUGUGAAGUCUUAAAAAACAGUGUUGAAAAUCCUGCACCUUGUGGCGCAGAAAGCAUUCCUACUGACUCUCCAGCUGUUUUCACGACAAGGGAAUCAAAAGAUUCUGCUGACACUAUUCAGCAUGGUUCACAUGAGAUUUCUGAUAGUCGUGAACUGAGAAGUAAGGCUUGUGUUCAACCGGACUUUAUAGGAUCAGAAGUACUUGGUGAACCUGUCGAUGAUUGUGGCUCUCAUUCUAUACCCAAUGGUGAAGAAGAUUCUAGUGUUGUUAGCACGUCAAAUGCAGAAGAAGUAGAAUUAUGUUCUGCCAAAACAUCCGAGCUCCAAACAAACAUAAAUCUCAGAGAUUGCAAAUCCAUACCAGUAUCUUCAGGUGUUGGUGAGAAGAUUGCAGAUGGUGUCAAUGAGAGGGAUAGAGCAUCUAGUGUAGCUGAGGCCAAUAUCCUUACCUCCAAUGCUGACACUAUUCCUGACGAUCAGCCUGAGAUGAAAGAAUCUGCAGAGCUAGCUGAGCCUGAUUUGCAGGUUGAUCAAACUGCACGGAGCGACGCCCCAUCCUCGUGUCACCCUUCUUGUGGUAGUACUGAAAGGAGAGUUCUUUCAAACCAAGUCAGUUGAUUUUGUUCUUUCAUUUGUAAAGUUUAGUAGGUUAUCUGGUGGCGGUAUUCACUGACAAAAGGAAACUAGCAUUACAUUUUGAUCCCUCGGUCUUCACUUCAGGAGGUGAGAGCCCCCCCUGCUUAGUCGGGACGAGAGAUUUGUCUUUAUAGCAAUGUAAAACACAAAACAGAACAAAACAGGUAAUUAUUUAGGAUCUUACCUUGAGAAAAAGUUCUACGGAGGUUAGCACCAUUUUUUUGGAGGGAGGAUGGGAGGGUUGUGCAUUUUGUUACUCCCCAUGGUUAUUGUCAUUGUGAAGUAAAUGGAGUAGAACAAUACUUUUAUUAUAAUGGUAGCAUUUAUUUUCUAUC